CGAAUAACUUUUGUUGAUGAUCAAUAGGCAGAGGACGGUAUAGAUGAUAUCAAAGUCGGAAAAGGCCGUUUUUAAAAUGAUUUUUCUCGGAUGGUUAUCAUUUAUGUUAAUUAAACCACACGACGCAGCUGGGUGCUAAGCCAAAUGAAAUCAUGUGAAGUUUUUUCAUUAAUUAAUGAAUACAAUAGAUGAUUCAUGAUUAAAAUUUGAUUAAUUGAUAUCAUUUAAUUUUAUUAAUAGUGGAUAAACGUCGGAGUAAAUAAAAAUUGUGAAAACAUAGACUUAACAAUUGAUAAAACAUUUGAAAAAAUAGCGACCAAUGUUACAGAUGGAUGGAGCGAGCGCCUAUUACAACCAGUCACUUGGGUAUGGCGGUGACGUUUACAAUACCUCUACAUCCGGAUAUUUGCACAAUCAGCAACCGGCGUGCGUGUACGCGCGUAACAAUAACAAUGGCGGAUAUGGCGGCCAGCCGAUGUCGGUGGUGGAGCAGGGACUUCACGGACUGGCCAACGGUUCCGGUAUCCACCUGCAGCACAGCCACGGCCUUGGACAAGCGCCUAUGCAGCACAUGAUAAACUCUCAGGCGUCUAUGGCCAACACAACACCGGCUCACAUGCAAAACGCGCACCAAAUGGUUGGUCAGAUGCAAAUGGCUACCCCGCCACCCGCUCAUCAGUCGCAGGUGUCAGCGCCAAUGUCGCCAGAUAUGGACGAUGGUUCUAUGCAUAAUUCAGACAAGAGCCCGAAUUCAAACCUCCAAUUCCCGUGGAUGAAAACCACUAAGUCUCACGCCGCGCAGUGGAAAGCCCAAUGGCCGGGUGCUCAAUUCUCCUUGGAGGACGAGAAUAAACGAACACGGACAGCAUACACUCGAGGUCAACUACUAGAAUUGGAAAAAGAAUUUCACUUCAACAAAUACAUCUCAAGACCCAGGCGAAUAGAACUUGCCGCGAUGCUUAACCUUACUGAAAGACACAUCAAAAUCUGGUUUCAAAAUCGACGAAUGAAAUGGAAAAAGGACGAAGCAAAACGGCGACCUCGUCCGUUGUCAACCGGAAGCACGGAUUCACCACCGAGUCCGAGUAUUUCGUCACUUCCGUCAUCUCCUUGCGAAAGCGAGGCUGACAAUAAUAAUACGAUUUCGGAGAAAUCAAUUCCAGAAUCUGCAAAUAAGAAAGUGUUAAAUGCUGACUUAAAACCAAACUGCGUUGACAAAAAAGACACAAGAGAAUUAGACAAUAACUCUUUAAAACCAAUAAAUAUGACACUUUAGAUCGCUCUACCAUUUGCAUAUAAUUGUGUACAUUGAUGCUGCCUUGCUAGUCAAUCUUGCCUAUACUGUUCAUGUAUAUUUAAAUUUCAUAUACUACGUCAUUAAAACUAUUUUUGUUAUCAAAUA